AUGCAGAUCCAUUAUCUUCUAACUGUCACCUCCAAUGUUAGCACCGACGAUGGAUUGACUUCCCGACCUGAUCAGAUACCUCUGCAAAGUCCACCAUUAACGAUCGACGAUGGUCAUCCACCAGAGAUGAUCACAGACCAAUUGAUCCGAAAUCAAGUUGGAUAUGGGGAGCCCAGUGAGGGAAACCCACUAUUGGAACUGUACAAGCUUAUGGGAGAUGAUGGUCAGCUGAAUACGUCGCACUCAACUUACAGCGUAUCUUUGACUCCGCAGACAAUGCGGAACCUCUCCGAUCUUUGUGCAAUGAUCCCUUCCCAGGCAGUCACACGAGAACUCAUCGAUAUCUAUUUCUCAGAAGCAAAUUGGUAUUUUGCCCUCCUAGAAAAGCAUUACUUCGAAAAGCUCUACCGCUCUUGGUAUGCUCUCAACGAUCACUCUAGAGAAAACGGUCACUCCGAAGGAUUGUCUACAGAUCUUCUCUACUUCCCAGCCCUAGUAUUUCAGGUCCUUGCUGUUGCUUUACAGUUCGCCCCCCUCAAUAUACCCUGUCUUCAAGCUUUAGGGAUAGACGAUUUCAUUCGGCGUGACUGCCUCUCGAGUGAUUUCUCAAAUAGAGGGAUGGAAAUCGUGCGCAUCGUAGGAGCACAUGCCCCAUCAAUCGUUGCCGUCCAGAACGACAUUAUGAGAGCAUUGUGGCUGAAGAACUCCAGUCGUGGGAGAGAAGCAUGGCACGUGUUAGGCGGUGCGAUCAGAAUGGCGCAGGACUUAGGACUUCACCGACAGGCCAAGGUUAUCCAAAACGCACAGUCCCCGCUGGAAGAAACCCUUGAUCUCCUGUGGUAUGAUGAGUAUAAACGAAGAUUAUGGGUCAAAUUAUAUUCCUGGGAUAGCCACAUGGCUUUCAAUCUUGGCAGACCCCGCGCCAUAAAUAGCAGUGAUUGUACGAUAUUUCCACCAUUGGAUCGCGAUAUCCCCGACAAUCCAGCGACAACUAUCCCGACGGCUGUAUUCCCACAUGAACCUCCAUCAUCCUUCACACCGCAUCUCUUUCAGUAUGCCGUGUGCGAACAGAUGCAUGAAGCCAUGUCUUUAGGCAUUCAUCAAAAUCAUCUUGAAGAUUAUAGUUUGGUCAAGACCAUGCAUGACCGUAUUCUGUCCUUAACAAAUAAAUUGCCUCCCGUUCACAGACUGGCAAACCCAGACAUGUCCUGGGAUUCAACCCAUACACACAUUCCUAAGCAGCGUCAACAAAUAGCAACAGCGGCACAUUCAUUCCUGCUGGCCCUGCACAGACCGCAUUCAAAAAGCCACACGGCUAGUCGUGAUGCUGCAAUUCAAUCAGCGCUGUCUGUAUUGGAUGCGCAAGAACGACUCUUCGAUCUUAUGGGGACCCAAUACUCUAAUAUAUACGCCCUGUCCGUUUACACUGUCGAUGCGUCUACCUUUCUCUCAGUCACUAUCCUUCAAUACCCACCCUCGGAUAUCGCUUUGUCAUAUCGAAUCAAUACUGCAAUAGAGAAGGCUAGGCGUCGUCUUGAAUUGACGAAAGAAAGAGUUUCAAUGGCAAAUUCAGCAUUACAGAUUUUGAAGCUUUGCGACCUCAAAAGGCAGUCUUCACCCCAGCUCCAGUUUCCCACGCCGGGAUUUUCCGUUUCUCAGCCAAGUCAAAUACUGGGAACAACUACUUCUGGCGAGAUGGGAUUUAGCUACCCGUCUGACCCUGCACAAACGACACCCGUGCAAAUCAAUGUAGCCGGUGGCAUUUCAAACUUUGAGCCGGGCCAAAUUGACAGCGCAGUUAUGUUUGAUGAUUUCAUAUUGUCGGAUUUUGACAUUGAUUCUUGGGUGCAACAGAUGGGCCCGAUGACUGGUUUGGACUGGAAUUAG